ACGUUUGUUUCUGUGAUUAAGCCCCCAUUUAUGUUUAAAACAUAAAUGAAGAAGGGACAGUUCAAGGCACAGAGGAGGCGCGUGUUCUGAUUUGGUUGUUUACCAUCAAUCAGACCGUUGCUUGGCAGACACUGGAUGGUUAUGAGCCUGAACAAGCUGAAAAGGGGCAGGAAAAGAAGUGGAGGCAGCAUUCUUCCUAUUUAAAGCUGCAUCGCUUGAAAAAAGUUUUCUCAGACUGUGCUGGAGCUGGUGCUGAAAAAGGGGGUUUGCAAAGGCUGCCCCGGGGCUGGUGCUGAAAGAGCCUGCAGCUGACUUCAUGGUGCUACAAUAACCUUAGAAUCUACUUUUCACUCCCAGGAGGACCCACAUGUCUAAUAUUUAGACAUGAUGGCAAACUGGGUGGAAGCAAGACCUCUCCUCAUUCUGACUGUUUUAUUAGGGCAGUUUGUCUCAAUAAAAGCCCAGGAAGAAGGCGAGGAUGAAGGAUAUGGUGAAGAAAUAGCCUGUACUCAGAAUGGUCAGAUGUACUUAAACAGAGACAUUUGGAAACCUGCCCCUUGCCAGAUCUGUGUCUGUGACAAUGGAGCCAUUCUUUGUGACAAGAUACAGUGCCAGGAUGUACUUGAAUGUGCUGACCCUGUAACUCCUUCUGGAGAAUGCUGUCCUGUCUGCCCACACACAACUGGAGGUGGCAAUACGAAUUUUGGUAGAGGAAGAAAGGGACAAAAAGGAGAACCAGGAUUAGUGCCUGUUGUAACAGGCAUACGUGGGCGUCCAGGACCAGCAGGACCUCCCGGAUCACAAGGACCAAGAGGAGAGAGGGGCCCAAAGGGAAAACCUGGUCCUCGUGGUCCUCAGGGAAUUGAUGGAGAACCAGGUGUUCCUGGUCAACCCGGUGCCCCAGGGCCUCCUGGACAUCCAUCCCACCCAGGACCUGAUGGCAUGAGCAGGCCAUUUUCAGCUCAGAUGGCUGGGUUAGAUGAAAAAUCUGGACUUGGGAGUCAAGUAGGCCUCAUGCCUGGCUCUGUGGGUCCUGUUGGCCCAAGGGGACCUCAAGGCUUACAAGGGCAGCAAGGUGGCGUUGGCCCUACAGGACCUCCUGGUGAACCUGGCGAACCUGGACCAAUGGGUCCAAUAGGUACACGUGGACCAGAGGGCCCUCCUGGAAAACCUGGUGAAGAUGGAGUUCCUGGAGAUCCUGGAGCAGUUGGCCCAUUAGGACCUAGAGGAGAACGCGGAAAUCCAGGCGAGAGAGGAGAACCAGGAAUAACCGGACUCCCUGGGGAGAAGGGAAUGGCUGGGGGCCACGGCCCUGAUGGUCCAAAAGGCAGUCCAGGACCAUCGGGGACCCCUGGAGAUACAGGCCCACCAGGACUUCAAGGUAUGCCAGGAGAAAGAGGAAUUGCAGGAACUCCGGGCCCCAAGGGUGACAGAGGUGGCAUAGGAGAGAAGGGUGCUGAAGGAACAGCUGGAAAUGAUGGAGCAAGAGGUCUUCCGGGUCCCUUGGGUCCUCCGGGUCCUGCAGGUCCCACUGGAGAAAAGGGUGAACCUGGCCCUCGAGGUUUAGUUGGCCCUCCUGGCUCCCGUGGCAAUCCUGGUUCUCGCGGUGAAAAUGGCCCCACUGGAGCUGUUGGUUUUGCUGGACCUCAGGGUCCCGAUGGGCAGCCUGGAAUAAAAGGGGAACCCGGAGAGCCAGGACAGAAGGGAGAUGCAGGCUCUCCUGGGCCACAAGGUCUAGCAGGAUCCCCAGGCCCUCAUGGUCCUAAUGGUGUUCCUGGACUCAAAGGUGGCCGAGGAACUCAGGGUCCACCCGGUGCUACAGGGUUUCCUGGUUCUGCUGGCAGAGUUGGACCUCCAGGCCCUCCUGGAGCUCCAGGACCUGCAGGGCCCUUAGGGGAACCUGGGAAGGAGGGACCGCCAGGUCUUCGUGGGGACCCUGGCUCUCAUGGGCGAGUAGGAGAUCGAGGACCAGCUGGCCCCCCUGGUGGCCCAGGAGACAAAGGAGACCCAGGAGAAGAUGGGCAACCGGGUCCUGAUGGUCCCCCGGGCCCAGCUGGAACCACUGGACAAAGAGGAAUUGUGGGCAUGCCAGGACAGCGUGGAGAGCGAGGCAUGCCCGGCCUGCCGGGCCCAGCGGGCACACCAGGAAAAGUAGGACCUACUGGCGCACCAGGGGAUAAAGGUCCGCCUGGCCCUGUGGGACCCCCGGGCUCAAAUGGCCCUGUAGGGGAGCCUGGACCCGAAGGUCCAGCUGGUAAUGAUGGUACUCCAGGACGGGACGGUGCUGUUGGAGAACGUGUAAGGGCACUUUCACUGAUUAGAAAAUCAGCAGGAAUGUAA